AUGUGCCUGUGGACAUUUGCGCAUCCAUUGAUACCUUCAUUGCACAGCAAGAGCAUAGCAGCAGCAGCAGCAGUAUUAGUUACCGAAGCUUACGCGUCAACAGGAGAAACACUACGUUGUCAAUCGCAUGACCAACAAGCAGCAGAAACAUUCAUAACCUAUGUGUUGGAAAGGGUUUCCACCCGAUCAGGAUGCUUGGAAAAGCCCACUAUCAUUCAAUAUUGGCGACGCAAUGGCAUCCCACCAAGCAACCUAACCCCAUAUCUCGCACAUCACCAAAAUUUGAUCGGCUUCGAAGAGUUUGGGAGAGGGCGAUGUGAUGUCUAG